GGCAGUGGAUCUGGAUAGGCGUUAGUUGGGUGACCGAGCGAGUCUGACUCUGACCGAUCUUCCCGCAGCCGCAGUCGCCAGUCAUUUUCAACUCUUCUCCCGAAGCCCGAUCUGCAUUCCUCCUUCAAGUAUUUCUUCUUAGAGCCGAGAAAAAGCCCUGUCGAGCCAGAAUGUCUGAGCCCAAAAGCCCGGAAGAUCUUUCAACUGCAAUACUUCGUAAAAAGGAUCGUCCAAAUAGGCUUCUUGUUGAUGACGCCAUUAAUGAUGAUAAUUCAGUGGUCAGUUUAUCACAGGCCAAAAUGGAUGAGCUGCGACUUUUCAGAGGUGAUACUGUUAUUUUGAAGGGUAAACGCCAGAAGGAGACAGUAUGUAUAAUACUUUCUGAAGAAAAUUGUCCUGAUGAAAAAAUCAGAAUGAAUCGUGUUGUGCGUAAUAACCUACGUGUUAGAAUAUCAGAUGUAGUGUCCAUUCAAGCAUGCCCUAAAGUGAAAUAUGGAAAGCGAAUACAUGUGCUGCCAAUAGAUGAUACUAUCACUGGAUUAUCUGGGAACCUAUUUGAAGUUUAUCUCAAGCCGUAUUUCCUUGAAGCGUAUAGACCAAUUCACAAAGAUGAUACUUUUAUUGUCCAUGGAGGGAUGAGGGCAGUUGAAUUUAAAGUCAUAGAAACAGAUCCUAGCCCUUAUUGCAUCGUUGCUCCUGACACUCUAAUACAUUUUGAUGGAGAUCCUGUCAAGAGAGAGGAUGAAGAAGAAGACCUGAAUGCUGUCGGUUAUGAAGAUAUUGGAGGUUGUCGAAAGCAAUUAGCACAAAUUAAAGAGAUGGUCGAGCUUCCCUUGAAGCACCCUAGUCUUUUUAAAGCUAUUGGUGUUAAACCACCAAGAGGUAUCCUUCUUUAUGGGCCACCUGGUACAGGAAAAACAUUAAUUGCCCGGGCUGUUGCUAAUGAAACUGGUGCUUUCUUCUUCUUAAUCAACGGUCCUGAAAUUAUGAGCAAGUUAGCCGGUGAAUCUGAAAGCAAUUUGAGAAAAGCAUUUUCUGAAGCUGGCAAGAAACCACCUGCGAUUAUAUUUAUUGAUGAGUUAGAUGCUAUAGCUCCAAAAAGAGAUAAGACACAAGGUGAAGUGGAACGGAGGAUAGUUUCUCAAUUAUUAACACUAAUGGAUGGCUUAAAAAGAAACUCGCAUAUAAUUGUCAUGGCAGCCACGAACCGGCCUAAUUCAAUUGAUCCUGCCCUUCGUCGAUUUGGAAGGUUUGACCGAGAAAUUGAUAUAGGCAUUCCUGAUACUACUGGAAGACUGGAAGUGUUGAGAAUACAUACCAAAAAUAUGAAGCUUGCUGAAGAUGUUGACUUAGAACAGAUUGCUGCAGACACACAUGGCCAUGUCGGCGCUGAUCUGGCAUCGCUGUGUUCUGAGGCAGCUUUACAACAAAUACGUGAAAAAAUGGAUUUAAUCGAUUUAGAAGAAGAGCAAAUCGAUGCCGAAGUGCUAAACUCACUUGCCGUGUCCAUGGAUAAUUUCAAGUAUGCAAUGAGCAAGAGCAGUCCAAGUGCUCUCAGAGAAACCGUGGUUGAAGUUCCAAAUAUUUCAUGGGAGGAUAUUGGAGGCCUCGACAAUGUCAAGAAAGAAUUGCAAGAACUUGUGCAGUACCCAGUUGAACAUCCAGAAAAGUUUUUAAAAUUCGGCAUGCAACCUUCACGAGGAGUACUUUUCUAUGGGCCACCUGGUUGUGGUAAAACACUACUUGCUAAAGCCAUCGCCAACGAAUGCCAGGCGAACUUUAUAUCGGUCAAGGGCCCUGAAUUGCUUACUAUGUGGUUUGGAGAAUCUGAAGCUAAUGUCAGAGACAUAUUCGACAAGGCUCGUGCCGCAGCUCCUUGCGUUCUUUUCUUUGAUGAAUUGGAUUCAAUUGCAAAAUCCAGAGGGGGAAGCGUAGGGGAUGCAGGUGGAGCAGCUGACAGAGUAAUAAAUCAAAUUCUUACUGAAAUGGAUGGUAUGGGAGCCAAGAAAAAUGUCUUUAUUAUUGGAGCAACUAACCGACCUGAUAUUAUUGAUCCUGCUAUCCUUAGACCUGGGAGGCUAGAUCAGCUUAUUUAUAUUCCAUUACCAGAUGAAAAAUCAAGAGAAGCUAUCUUUAGGGCCAAUUUAAGGAAAUCGCCAGUUGCAACUGAUGUGGAUUUGUCGUAUAUCGCUAAAGUAACCCGUGGUCACUCGGGGGCUGAUCUUACUGAAGUAUGUCAGAGGGCUUGCAAGCUAGCUAUUAGACAGUCAAUAGAAGCAGAAAUAAGGAGGGAAAAGGAAAGGGCUCAAGGCACCAUGGAUUUGGACGAUGAAGAUCCAGUACCUGAGAUUACAAGAGAACAUUUUGAAGAGGCCAUGCGCUUCGCUCGUAGAUCUGUUACUGACAAUGAUAUUCGUAAAUACGAAAUGUUCGCACAGACAUUACAACAGUCGAGAGGAUUCGGUAACAAAUUUAGAUUCCCAUCUUCAGGGAAUGUACCAGCUUCACAGGGGACUUCAAACAAUGAACCGACAACUUUCCAAGACGAUGGUGAUGAUGACUUGUACAGUUAAUUUUACCAAUACGAGAGAUCCAUUAUAAAAAAAAUAAAUUAAAUUAAAUAAAAAAACUGAAGUGGAAUGUAAUAUUUUUUACAAUUUUCACAUUUUAUAAUAUGAAUCACACGAUGCCAUUCCUGGUGUGAAUUUUAAAAUAACAGAUUGUACUAUUAAUGUUUUAAUCUUCAAAGAAACUAUUUUGCGAUUUUGUUGAAUUUAAAAUAAUUUACAGUAAACUUGAACUUGAGUAAUAAAAAUUAUGUUACAAAUUAUCUGUAAAUUUGCAAUAUAGUUUAAAUACAGUUUUCCACAUUCAGUAUGGCAUUACAAUGACAAGAGCUGUAUUAAAUUUAGAUAUUU